AGUCAUCUCUUAAUAUCCCAGCUAUUGCUGCUGCCCACGUUAUUAAGAGAUACGUUGCCCAGGCACCGGGUGAACUCUCCUUGGAGGUGGGAGACCUCGUGUGCGUCAUCGAGAUGCCGCCUCAGGAGCUGAGCCCCCGCUGGAGAGGCAAGCACGGCUUUCAGGUUGGAUCUUUCCCUGGUGAGUGUGUGGAGCUCAUUAACGGAAAAAUCCCGGAGUCUCUCAUCAAUUCAGUGCCAAAGCCAGUGCCAAUGAAGCGCGGCAAGCUCCUCACCUUCCUUCAUUCUGUGGUGAAGGCCCGCCCAAAGCAACGGAAAGAGCAGGAGGUGGAGAAGGAGAGGGUGUUUGGCCGUGACCUGGGAGAGCAUCUUCUCCACUCUGGUCGUGAUGUCCCCCAGGUCCUCCAGAGCUGCGCCGAGUUCAUCGAGCAGCAUGGCGUGGUGCAGGGGAUAUACCGCCUGUCCGGCGUGGCGUCCAACGUCCAGAGACUGCGCCAGGAAUUUGAGUCUGAGCAGGUUCCUGAGCUAACCGUCCGCGACGUUCACAGCGCGAGCUCCCUCUGCAAAAUGUACUUCAGGGAGCUCCCGACCCCCCUGCUGACCGACCAGCUGUACGACAAGUUCUCGGAUGCUGUUGGUGCCACUACAGAGGAGGAGCGGCUGGUCAGAAUGCGGGACGUCAUCCAGCAGCUGCCCGCUCCUCACUACAGGACCCUGGUGUUCCUGAUGAGACACUUGGCCUGUCUUGCUGCAAAGAACUCUGUCACCAACAUGCACGCUAAGAACUUAGCCAUUGUGUGGGCUCCAAACCUCCUAAGAUCACAGCAGAGCGAGUCUGCCUGCGCCAGCGGGAGAGCUGCCUGCACGGAACUGCAGACGCAGUCGGCUGUGGUGGAAUUCAUCAUCAACCACACAGACGUCCUCUUCUGCUCCACAUCCGGAUCGGACAUUGCAGAUGGAGCAGGGCACAGCUCUCUCUCAGGGCCCCAGUCUGUGCGGGCGUCUUCUGCUGCCACAGAGCUGCUCAGCCUGGAGGAGGCGCAGGCACGGAGGCGAGGCCACAGCAGCUCUCCUGUCGUUGUGACAGAGAGCAGUGACAUAGAGGUGGAAGAAGGCCCCACAGCUGUACGGGGGAAAUUCCACACAGUCAUCGACUUUCCACCUGAAAGGUAA